AUGACCUCCAUCCAGACUCAGGCUGCUGUCGCCCCCACCGGCGCUGCCCUCUACGCUCGUUUCGCUUUGGCCGGUGCCAUCUGCUGCGGUGUCACCCACGGUGCCCUCACCCCCGUCGAUGUCGUCAAGACCCGCAUCCAGCUCGAGCCCACCGUCUACAACAAGGGUAUGGGCGCUGCUUUCCGUCAGGUCGUCAAGGCCGAGGGUGCUGGCGCUCUCAUGACCGGAUUCGGCCCCACCUUUGCCGGUUACUUCUUGCAGGGAGCCUUCAAGUUCGGAGGUUACGAGUUCUGGAAGAAGACCUUCAUUGAUACCUUGGGCAUGGAGACCGCCCAGAACAACCGCACUGCCAUCUACUUGGUUUCGUCCGGUAUCGCCGAGUUCUUCGCCGAUGUUGCCCUCUGCCCCCUCGAGGCCACCCGUAUUCGUCUCGUCUCCCAGCCCACCUUCGCCAACGGUCUCGUUGGUGGUUUCUCCCGUAUCUUGAAGGAGGACGGUCUUAUCCGCGGUUUCUACUCUGGAUUCGGCCCCAUCUUGCUUAAGCAGAUCCCCUACACCAUGGCCAAGUUCGUCGUCUUCGAGCGUGUCUCUGAGGCCUUCCUCGAGGCUGCUGGUCCCAAGGAGAACCUUUCUGGCGCUACCUUGACCUCCAUCAACUUGGGAUCUGGUUUGAUCGCCGGUAUGACCGCCGCCGUUGUCUCCCAGCCCGCCGAUACCCUCCUUUCCAAGAUCAACAAGGCCUCCGGCACCGGUUCGAUCACCUCCCGCCUCGUCGGCCUCGCUGGUGAGCUCGGUGUCCGUGGUCUCUUCUUGGGCUUGGGUCCCCGUAUUGUCAUGGUCGGUACCCUCACCGCCUUCCAGUUCGCCAUCUACGGUGACAUCAAGAAGGCUUUGGGCGCUGCCGGCGGUGCCGAGAUCGCCAAGAAGUAA